AUGGGGCAUAUUGAACCUACUACCACUAUCAAAUCUGAAAGCCCAGAGGUGAAAGUCCCAUUGUUCUUUGAUGGGGAUUCAGAUCCUGGAUCUGAAAACCAGGAGACAGAUCUCAAUUUUUUUGCUCACAGAGGUCUGGAUUCCAGAUUCAUUCCAGUCAACCUCGACCCAAAGAUUCAUUACAUGGAUAUUGAGCAAUUUGUGCACUUUGGAUUUGAUGAACAGCUCAACCACCUUACAAAUUCUUUAGGAUUUCAGAUAGAGACAGUUCAAGACAUCUAUAAACAGGUCCACAGUUUCAAACAGUUGAAGGAGGUUAUCAAGGCUAUGCAUGCCUCUGCCAUGGACUGUGCUAAAGCAGAAAUCGAAGCACAAGAGAUGAAAUAUUUGUAG